UCUUCCCUAAUUUUUCUUUCUGUAGAGACGCCUCCCAUCUGGUUGAGGUUUUUGGAUCUCUCGCGCUGGUCAUAAAUUUUUGUUUUGUUUGUUUGUUUGUUUGUUUGGGCGUGUGUUUUCAAUAUUGCUUGGUUUAGAAAAUUUGGAUGUUACCGCAAAUUUUGGUACGCAGCAUGCUACAGCAAUUGCUUGUUCACUCCUCCGACCCCAAGGAGUAUCGUUUUCCAAUUUUCACAUUCCAAGUCUGUGGGCUUGCGUAAUUUCCUUAACACGGAUGGAAAUCUAUCUCUUUGAGUCCCCAGAAAAAAAAAAAACAGAAAGUCCUGAUCCUUUGUUUAGUUCUUAAUUUCUUUGAUUGUUGGCGGUAUUGGCAAUAAGCAUCAGUAACUGAUCAGCUUGGCUAAUUCUGCCUAUUACGUGUUUGUCACAAUUCCACUAGAAGGAGACUGUAAGAAAAAGAUUAACAGUUGCUAAUUUCUUGCUUGAAAAUGCGAAUCCAGACCUUUAAAUCGUUAUUGAAACAACUAAAUCCAUGCCAAAUCAUUGGUAUUCGAUCCAAAACAUCCUCUGCCCAGUAUGUAGCAUCGAGAGCUAGAGACCCUACAUUUGAGAAGCUAAUGGACAAGUACAAAAACCUUCUCAAAGCCAUUGCAAUACAAGACCUUAUCCUUGCAAAUCCCACUAAUAACCCACCAUCUGUCUCCCUUGAUUUUCUCUCCAGGCUCUCCCAAAAUCUCCAUCUAAACCGUGGAGCUGCCUCUUUUCUCCGCAAGUACCCUCAUAUUUUCCACAUUUUCUAUGAUCCCAAUAAGUCCCAGCCGUUCUGUAGAUUGACUGAUGCUGCUAUUGAUAUUUCCCGCCAAGAGGCAGAUGCUAUCAGCUCUUCUUUGCCUGUUGCUGUUGACCGCUUAGUUAGGCUUUUGUCUAUGUCGACAACUAAAUCAUUGCCUCUCCGGGCAGUGUUUAGAGUUUGGAGGGAACUUGGGCUGCCAGAUGACUUUGAGGACUCUGUGAUAGCUAGGAACCCGCACAUAUUUAGGCUUUCUGAUGCAGAUGAACCUAAUACUCAUAUCUUGAAACUGGUUGAUGAAAUGCAUGCUAAAAGUUUUGCGGCCUCUGUUGAGAAUUGGCGAGUUUUGGAGUGUUGUAAGGAGGACUGCAGUGUUGAUAGAACUGAAAUUCAAUAUGGAUUUAAACACGGCUAUCCACCGGGGAUGAGAUUGAGCAAGAUUUUUAAGGCUAAGGUUAAGGAAUGGCAAAGGUUGCCAUAUGUGGGUCCUUAUGAGGAGAUCGGAGAAAAGAAGAGGUCUAAGACAGGAAUAAUGGGAUUAGAGAAACGGGCAGUUGCAAUUGUUCAUGAAUUCUUGAGUUUGACAGUGGAGAGGAUGGUGGAGGUGGAGAAGAUCAGCCAUUUCCGGAAAUCUUUCGCCAUUGAUUUGAAUAUAAGGGAUUUGUUCCUCGACCACCCAGGGAUAUUUUAUUUGUCAACCAAGGGAAAAAGACACACUGUUUUUCUAAGAGAAGCAUAUGAAAGGGGUCAUUUACUUGACCCAAAUCCAGUUUACAAUGUGAGGAGAAAGCUUCUAGAUCUUGUUAUGCUGGGACGCCGAGGUAUGCUUAACAAUGUAUCAAACUCAGUGGAAAUUUGGCAGACCAAGAAGCCUGGCUUGCAAGAUGAGAGCAGAGAAUAAAGGCUUUAAUUCUAAUUAUUUUGACUUGUUCAUUUUCAACUUCAAUCGUGCAGUAACUUACUGGUUGCUUUUUUUCCUCUGCAUUGUGGUUCUAAGCUGUUUUGCAAACUAGGCAUUGAUUUUAUGACUAAUUUUGAGCAUUGCUUACAUACCUGCAUCCGCUGCUAUGAGGAGUUGGAAAUUGAUAAUAAACUCAAACUGCUUAAGCAAGGUGGUGAAUCUCUCCUAGACAUGAACACAUACUUCUCUUCGGAAUUGUGCAUUUGCAUUGUCAGGUUUUAAUUUCUUGAGCUACUUUUAAAUUAUCGAGACUUGUGUAUGCUUGGAUGUGGAUGAACACCACUUCUGUCUCGCUAUGACCCUUUUAAGAUGCUCUACUUUGUUGCACCUGCCCAUUUAGUGAACUCUUUGUAUCUCUUUGUUUAUUUGGUUUCAUGUAUGGCGGCAGUAAGACAUUUCUAGCAGAAUUAAGAGAUUGUGCUUUGGGCUAUCAGUGGUGAAUGAAGAAAUGUUUCUGAUUGCUAUUGAUACUUA